AUGGAAAAUAUUGUAAAAAAUGAAAUAUUUGAAGUUCCAUCAUCAACUGGUGUUAAUCAAAUUCAUCUGAAUAAUGGACAACUUGUUAAUUCUCGUGAACUAAUUGUAAACCUCAUUCAAAUGAAUGAUCACCAUUUAAUACAAGUGGAAUUUUAUAAAAGAUACAAGCAUCAGUUCACCACGUAUCAUACAACAUUGAAAUCAAAUCUUCAUGGUUCUAAUGAUAAUGGCCCAGUGACUAUCAAAGAUCGUGGUAAAACUUAUGUUGGUUAUUGUUUGUUCGAAGGCUCUUUGACUGAAGUAGAAGCGGCUGCUGAGCGGUUAGAUAAACAAAUGAAUAGUGAUCUUGAAUCUGAUUGUGAAACUCUAAAAAGUAACUCCAAAUUCAAUGUACAACGAACACAACAAAUUAUGACAUCAGCAUCAUCAUCAAAUUCAAGUAUUCAAAUAAGCGAUUGUACACCCUCAACAGUACGAUCAUUGGCUAACACUCGUCUUGAUAGCAAGCACAUCAAACAUUAUGGAACUCCACCACCCACAGAUGUAGCUGUUCAUAGCAAAGUUAUGCGAGAAACAUUGCCGAAACGAGUAAGAUAUCGGAUAGCACAUUAUGUUUUUCCUCCAAAUGGUGCUUCUGCUUAUCAAGCAUUACGUGAAAUUCAAUAUAUUGAAGGUGACAGUGAUGAUGAUAAAUCAAGUGAAGAAGUUAUUGAUUUAGACAACUCAUCAUUAUCAAUAUCAGUAGCAACUGAUAAAAACAAUAUUCGACUAUCUAAACGACCUUUAUCAAAUUCAUUUAGCACAACAGCUCGUGAAAAAACUGCUAAGCGAAUAUGUAAUAAAUUGUUUCCAUCAGAGAAUGGUGGAAAUAAAGAAAUGGUAAUGCUAUUAGAAGCACCAUUGUCAUUGAAUCAAGAUAUCAAUGUGCCUUUGAAUGGUACUCAUUUUGGUAGCGAAGUUCAAUCCGAGAUCGAUGCGUCGUUUCAAUCUACAUUAAUUUAUAAAAAUCAAAAUGGAGAAAGUAUUGAUUUAAUUCAAUUAUACGGCGUUAGAACUCAAUUGGGUCAUUUUGGAACGCUAGUGAUGGAUCAGUUAUUUACAAAAGAAGAGUUAAUAUCCAAUAGCAAAGAUGAACUGAUAAAAGACGAGCGUUAUUAUAUUAUGAAAGAAGCUGUGUGA